AUGGAGGAGGCGCAGCGGAAGGCGGACGAGAUGCUGGCGGAGUUGCAGGCGGGGAGCGGAGCGGAGGAGAAGGCGGAGCGGAUGGAGGCGGCGGUGGAGUACCUGGCGGGCCUUCCGCCCGACGUGCGCGCGACCGUGCUGCCCGACGCGCUGCCGCGCCUGUUGGAGCUUCAGGCGGACUCGACGUUCCUCGUUCGGAAGAACUCGGUCGAGCUCUUCUACCGCCUUGGCUCAUCCAUAAAGCACCGUGACGCCUCUGCGCUCAUGGCCUCCGCGCUCGCCGCCAUCAUCCGCGCCUGUCCGCCCAUGCCCCUCCCCACGCCCUCCCCUUCCGCCGCCUCCGCGCCCCCCACGCCGUCCCCUGCUACUGCUGCGGCGCUCACGCCUCUGCCCGCGCGCCUGGCCCCCGCGGCUGUGGCGACCACCAAGGCAGUCAAGCACGCCAUCUCCGCUGCUUCUGCCCUUGUCAAAGGCGCCUUCGCUGCUGUCACUCCCGUUACAGGCGAGCCCCAGGCGUGGUCAGAGGCGUGGGAGCAGGUAGCAGCGCUGGUGCCGCUGAUAAGGGACAUGCUGCCAGGGCAGUACCCCGACAGCGUGCGCGUGCAUGCAGUGGGCUUCACAAAGAUGCUCGUGCUGCUCGGCCGACCUGGCGGCAAAACCGCCGCUGCUUCUGCUGCUGCUGCUGCUGCUGCUGGUGGUGGCGGUAAUGGCAGCAGUGGGCAGAACGGGAGCAGCGGAAGGGACGGGGCGGAUGGCACAGACAUGGCAAACGGAGUGUUGCAUCUCCCCGACCCUGACUCCGACCCGUGGCUUAAAGCCCAGUCCCUCGCCUCCCUCUCCGCCCUCACCUCUCUGCUGCAACCCCCCGCAGUCGCCUCGCUCUCCCCCCCGCUCCUCCUCACGCUCACCAGCAGCCUGGCCGGCAUCGCCCGUCGCUGCCCCACUCUCUAUAGUCACAUUGUGCCGGCGCUGGUGGGGAUUGUGCCGCCCACUGCCACGUCAGUGGCGUCGGCGCCGGUGACGGUGCCAAGUGGGGAGGAGAGUGGGUGUGGGGUGGUGCAGCAGCUGCUGCAGGCGUCGGGUAGUGUGAGGCAUGGCGUGCGGGCGGCGCUGCUUGUCAUGUUGCGGCUCAUGCCGCUCGCUCCAGGCGGGAUGAAGUGGCGGGACUGCUUGACAUCACUCCUGAAGGAGUCACUGGGAGCAGGAGAGGCCGUCGACUCUGGUGGUGCUGCUGUUGGUGGUGGUGGGGGAGGGGGCGAGGGAGCAGCAGCAAAGGCGCCCGCAGGCGAGGGCAUGCUGGCUGUGGAUGCUCUGAUCGCCUCGCUGCCCCCCGGCAUGCUGGCCGACCUGGUCAUUGAAUUCAUGCAGCACCUCCCUCCCUCUCCCCCUCCCGCUGCUGCCGCUGCCGGUGCUGCUGGCGCUGCUGAAGGCGCUGCUGCUGGUGCUGGUGCUGCUGGUGAUGGUGCAGGUGCUGGUGGUGCUGGUGGUGGUGAGGAGGAGGGAGUGGUGGAUGGUGAUGGGAAGAGGGAGGCUAGCAGGGGUGGUGCGCGUCGCCAUGACCCUCGAAGAGUGAAGGCCAAGGCAGAGGACAACACUGAUGGUGCUGCUGUAGCAGGCACAGUGAAGGAUGAGCAAGGGCUACAGCCGCCGCUACAUCCUGCAGCAGACAGGACAACAGAUGCCACCCGCCCCAAGCCAGAAGACGCAGGCUUGCAGACCGGCCUCCCUGCUUCUGCUGCUGACACAUCUGCUAUCGUGCCCACUGCUGCUACCACCGCUGCUCCUUCUGCUGUUGCUGCUGGUGUAUCUGGUGCGUUGGUGCCGGUACCCUCCACCCCUGUAGGCCCUCCAGCCACUCCUCUCUCUCCCCGCCUCGCAGCCUACCUCUCUGUCCCACGCACCCCUGUGGCCCUCGUUCCGCUCUCCCCCCACCAGUUGGCUGCCGCGCAGCAGGCAGCGGUGUCCAGAGUGGUGGCCGGGGGGUGCAGAGCGGUGCUGCUGGGUGAGGCGGGGCUGUGGGUGGCGCUGCUGGUGGGCAUGGUGAGGGGAGCAGAGGAGGAGGAGCAGCAGCAGCAGGUGCUGGAUGCGCUGUUGAGCUACCUGUUGGCUGAUUACAACCGGGUCAAGGGCUCGCAGGUUGUGCUCUCCGUGCUGCAUGCUCUCGCACUGGAUCACUCUUCCCCUCCGCCCUCCUCCUCCUCCUCCUCCUCCUCCUCCUCCUCCUCCAACGUCCCUGCUCUCCCUGCACCCCCACCAACGUCGUCAUCACCCGCAUCGGCACAAGAUGCUUCAGCAGCAGGAGCAGCAGCUGGCGAUGCUAUGCAAGUGGAUGGCAGGGGCCAGGGGGGUGCCACUGCUGCGGGUGCUGCGACUGCCGGUACUGCUACUCUUGCCACCAAUCCAGCUGGCGGCGCGAAGGACUUGGCAUCUCCUCAGAUCCCUGCUCUCUACACGUCGUUCUUCUCUCGCGUGCUGAAGUCCCUCCUCUCACCUUCCUCCGCUGCUGCUGCUGCUGCACCUGGCGGGCUCAAGUCCCUCCUGCUGCCUCUCUUUGUGGAAUCGCCCUUUCUCCCGCCCCCGCUGCUCAACCUAUUGGGGCAGGCGUGUGGACUGGAGGGCCUUGGGCGGAAGGAGGGUGAAGGGGGGGCAGGCGGGGCCACGGGGAUUGGGGCUGGGAGGAAGAGGAGGUUCGAAGAGAGAGGAGACGGGGAUGAGGGGGAAAAGGCAACGGAUGUGGAAGGAGGAGGAAAGGUGGAGGGAAGAGAAGGAGAGGCGGGAGAGGGGAGAGAGCAGGGAGACGGGGCAGAGGGAGGGGAAGCGGAAAACGAACCAGAGGGACCAAGGUCAGAUGAAGAGCUAAAGCGAGUAAAAGAGUCCCUGGUGGUCCUCUGGCGGCUGCUGGUCCUGCGCCCACCCAUACGCAGGAGAUGUCUAGCCAUGGCGCUGCAGUGUGCAGUGCACCCGCACCCGGACAUUCGUUCUAAAGGCGUGGCGCUGGUGGCCAACCGUCUGCACGCCCUGCCGUACCUCACGCUGCCCAUCGAGCGGUAUGCGCUCAAGCAGCUGCUGUCGCUGCCUGGCAUGGCGCUGCCGGCACCGGUGCCAGUGGUUGCUGCUGCUGCUGAUUCUGCUCCGGGUGCUGCGGGUGGUAAUGCUGCUGCUGGUGAUGCUGGUGGUGCUGGGAAUGCUGGUGGUGGGAAGGAAGGAGUGGGAGGGGAGCAGGGAGGGGCAUCAGGGGAAGCGGGGCAGGCAGGCGAGGGAGGGGCGGCGGGGCAAGCAGGUGGGGGAGGGGGAGGGGGAGGUGCAGCGGUGCAGCUGUCAGGGGAGCAGCAGAAGGCGGUGGGACACGAGGUGGAGAGGCGACUGGCGCUCGUCUGUGCGCUCUGCUCCCGGAGACCAUCCCUACUGGCGGAGUUCUUCCGGGUGUUUGGGCAAGUCAACCCCGUGGCCAAGCGGGUCAUGCUGAGAGACCUGCUGCCGCCCAUGCUCGCCACACUCCCCCCCACCACUCCCGACCUCCUCACACUCAUCUCCAACCCCCCAGAGGGCUCAAUGCGCCUCUUGCUCAAGCUGCUGCACUGUGUGGCUGACCCACCACGCCCAUCCGCCCCGCCCCCGCCCUUCAUCGCUGCGGUCAAAACCCUCUCUGCUGCCAGGUCUGCGGAACCUGAGCUCCUCAUUCCCAUCCUGCCCUUCCUCUCCAAAAACGAGGCACUGGAGGUCUUCCCUCGCCUGGUGCAUCUGCCUCUGGAGCUCUUCAAGAUCGCCCAGGACCGGCUGCUGCAGGGUUCGCCCCACACGCCGCCACCGCUGACAGCAGUGGAGCUCAUGACCACACUGCAUGCCGUGCAGCCCAAGAGAGACAACGUGCCGCUGAAAAAGAUCAUGGCGGUGUGUUCUUUCUGCAUCUCCCAGCGCGCCAUCUACACGCAGCAAGUCAUCGCAAAAGUGCUCAACCAGCUGGUCGGACAGACGCCCCUCCCCAUGCUCCUCUUCCGCACCGCCAUGGAGUCUGUUGCAGCUUUCCCUGACAUUGCAUCGUUUGUUGCGGACAUUCUCUCGCGCCUCAUAACCAAACAGGUGUGGAGGGCGCAUCCGCAGCUGUGGCUGGGCUUCAUCAAGUGCUGCCUCGUUACAAAGCCACUCUCUUUUCCUGUUCUCCUACAACUGCCAGCAGCACAGCUGGAGGAUGCGUUGAAUCGAGAGCCAUCGCUCCGCCCCGACCUUGCUGCACAUGCCGCACAACCAUCCGUGCAGCCCUCCGUUCCUCGGUAUGCACCCACCCUGUUUUGA